AAGGUGCUUCUGCAUGCGCUGUCAGUGGACUGGUCUGCUGCAGGGGACUGCUCGCUCCUUUGCUUCCCACAUUUACUGCCCCUGCCUUCCUACCAGCACCAGCCUUCAGCAGCCUCUUCCAGCUGGCUGAAGAAACGCUCGGAAAGCAAGGGGGGGAAGAAACCUGCGAUCCACAGGGGGAUGCGUGCUGCCUCUUAACAGCUAUACACCUCUGGGAUAACAAGGAAUACUGUUACCCAAGAAAACAGUGAACAGGAUUCACUUCUUUUUCAUUUUUCUUUUUUCUGUGCGUGUGCUUUGUCACAGAAAACAUGAUUAACAGCUGGGAGGGAUUUAAACCUUUAAUAUUGAUGAUUGCUUACUGAGAUGGACGAUAAAAAUUUCAACAGACCUGCUGAAACUUAAGCAGAGAGAAGAGGAACGAUAGCCGGACAGAUAAUCAAAGCCCUGCUUAUUGCUGAUUUUAUUUUGGUUCCUUUUUUCUUUUUUCUUUGCUUGUUUCUUCUUUCCUCUGAUCCUUGCAGCAGAGGACUGCAGAGGAGCAACAAGAGACAGGGCUCAUGCAUGCAGACAGGGGAACUUGCACUUCCUACCAUCUCGCUGAAAGCUACUUGGAUUCCUCCUCGUUCUGGCUCUUUCACUUGAAGAGAACUAAGACAUUGUAAGCCUGCCAAGGAUCUAGUGUCCACUGAAAAGAAGAAGAAAAAAAAAAAAAGGCAGGGGGGGAGAAUGUGUACCACAGUGGGAUCUUUUCAAAAUUCGUACAUAAUUAGUGUUGGGCACAAAGCAGGAUGUUGAAUGGAGAUUGUCAGAUUUUGGAUGAGGGUGAGUAAGAAUCUUUUUGAAUAAGACCGAUUGGUGAAGACAGCUUCAUUUUUCAUCCCCUCGACUCUCCACCCUCUGCCUAAUAUCUCUCAUCAGCGAAGACAUUUGCUCUUUAUUUGUCGGCUUUUCAACAAAGAGCUCUUCUGUGGAUCAAAUAAAAAUAUAUCAUCUGCAACUAAAAUACAAGAGCAUUAUGACACAGUCAUUUAAGUAAUAGACUGUGAUAAAUUUGCUCUGGUUGGUGCAAAUACUAUAUCCAAAGUGGUUCAAUGGACAUUUUCUUUCCGACAUUCCUGGAUAUUUAUGCUAAUGGAUUUCCUCCUAAUUGGACUGUACUUAAAGUGGCCACUGAAAAAGCCCCCUGGGUUGAUACUGUGUUCAUUGGGCAUUUUUCUAAGAACCGUUCCCUUGGCAGAAGCGGUUUGUCCAAGGCUGUGCCGCUGCGACAGCAAGCUGCUGUAUUGCGAGGGGCUCAACCUCACAGACAUCCCCCGCAAUCUGAGCAGUGCUAUGGGCCUGUCCAUGAGAGAGAACAACUUGACCGAGCUGCGUGAAGGCCAACUAAAUGGUCUGUCGCAGCUAACCUGGCUCUAUCUGGAUCAUAACAACAUUGACAUUGUAGAGGAGGGGGCCUUUGAGAAGCUGAGACGGGUCAAGGAGCUAGACCUCAGCAGCAACCGGAUUGAGAAUCUACCAAAUGGAACAUUUAGGCCCCUCCCAAACUUACGUAUUCUGGAUCUUUCGUAUAACAGGCUGCAGGCCCUAGAGCCUGACCUGUUUCAUGGCCUUAGGAAGCUCACCAAUUUGCAUUUGCGCUACAACGCUCUCAAAUUUGUGCCAGUGCGUAUUUUUCAAGACUGCAGGAGCAUGCAGUUUCUGGACUUGGGAUACAACCAACUGCAGAGUCUGGCACGAAACUCCUUUGCAGGCCUCUUCAAGUUGACCGAGUUGCAUCUUGAGCACAAUGAGCUGGUCAAAGUCAACCUAGCCCACUUUCCUCGCCUCAUCUCCUUACGUACAUUGUACAUGCACAACAAUCGUGCUACCAUUGUUGUCAACACCCUGGAAUGGACCUGGCAUUUUUUAGAGAAAAUUGAUCUGUCAUCCAAUGAAAUUGAGUACAUUGAGCCACAUGUGUUCGAGAGUGCUCCCAACCUGAAGGUGUUGAUGCUUGACUCCAAUCGUUUGGCUUCUUUGGAUCAGCACAUCCUGGAUUCAUGGUCAUCUCUGGACAGCAUUACCCUGGCUGGCAAUGACUGGGAGUGUAGUCGUAAUGUGUGUGCCUUGGCCUCUUGGCUAAGUGCCUUCCGAGGUCAGCGUGACAGCUCCCUGCUGUGUUCAAGCCCCGACACCGCACAGGGCGAGGAUGUGUUGGAUGCUGUCUAUGCUUUUCAGCUAUGUGAAGGCUCUCCAUUAGAGGUAACCACAGCAGGCCUGUUUGCCUCUACAAAGGAUCUGACCAAGGGAGGCUCUGGGUUUCAGGGUCUUUUCACUCCAAACCCUUAUGAGGGGGAUGGUAUUGAGGUGGUUACAAGUUCUUUCACCGUCACAGUGGGCCAUGAUGACCUGGAGAGCACCAUGCAGAUUCACAAAGUAGUGACUGGCACUAUGGCACUCAUUUUCUCCUUUCUCAUCAUAGUGCUCAUGUUGUAUGUGGCAUGGAAGUGCUUUCCAGCUGGAAUAAGGCAACUGAGGCAGUGCUUCAGCAGUCAGCGCCGUAAGCAAAAGCAAAAGCAAAGCAUGCAGCAGAUGGCAGCAAUUUCUACACCGGAGUACUAUGUUGACUAUAAACCUAACCACAUUGAAGGAGCUUUGGUAAUCAUCAAUGAAUAUGGCUCGUGCACUUGCCAACAGCAACCUUCUCGAGAAUGUGAGGUGUAACUGUACCUUUUGAGUAAAUCUUUACCUGUGAUUAUGUGGAUAUACACUAAAUCCCUUUUGGAUAUACUUGAGAGAGAGAGAUGUAGAACAAAGGGAAUAUUUUGAUCUUUGGACCCUUUUUACAUUUCACUGUGAUUUGGAGAGAGUGCGCUUUACAUGACUGCCUAUUUUGUGACAGAUUUAUUGCUACUGCUGUCUACUGCAGAUCUGAAAUCAUACAGCAUAAUAGGCACCUGACUAUUGAACCUGUUGAUGCUCUAAAGAAAAAAAAAAAAAAAGGAAAG